AGUGCCACUCCACUGAACUCAUACCACCUUUCCUAUUUGUUUCUGCCAGUCAGACGAUAACAAACCUUUCAACCUCAACAACAAUGGCGAUGGCUUUCAAGAUGGCAACUACUGGCAUGUGGGUGACUGAUGAAUGCAAGAACUCGUUCAUGGAGAUGAAGUGGAAGAAGGUUCACAGAUUCAUAGUGUUCAAGAUCGACGAGAAGUCGAGGUUGGUCACCGUCGAUAAGGUCGGCGGCCCCGGUGAGGGAUACGACGAGCUUGCUAAAUCCUUGCCUGAUGAUGAUUGCCGAUAUGCUGUUUUCGACUUCGACUUUGUCACUGUUGAUAAUUGCCGCAAAAGCAAGAUCUUCUUCAUUGCUUGGUCUCCAACAGCAUCAAGAAUUAGAGCAAAAAUGCUAUAUGCGACCUCUAAAGCUGGAUUGAGGAGAGUGCUGGAUGGCAUCCACUAUGAACUACAAGCAACUGACCCAACUGAGAUGGGAUUUGAUGUCAUAACAGACAGAGCUAAAUAAUGUGAUUAGCAUUUAAUUACUUAAUAAGCUAAAAUUAAUUAUGUAUUAGCAUCUUACCCCACCCUUUUUUCUAAAUAUAAUAAUUCGAACCAGAUGUGCUUUUAUCUUGUUACUUUCCUUCCCUUUUUGCACUAAUGUAAGUUCAACUUCUAAUAUGUAACAAUAAUUUUAUGUCUUAUGUGUGCUAA